AUGGCGUUUGUGACGCCCUCAGCGUGGUUUGAAACGGCUGUGCCAUAUCGUGGGGUGCUGCAGCAACCGCUCUCUCCGGCAACCUCAACAGCAACAACGUCUCGGAGAAGCCGCAGACCCUCCUCCCUCAUAGCUUCUGCUUCUGCUAGCGCGACUUGCCCCGCGGCCCCAGCAGAGCUGCGCAAAGAAAGGACCUCCGGCGCACGCCGUGUUGCCGGCGCUAGGGCUCCUCCUCCUCCGCCCGUGGCGGCGGGCGACCUCGCAAAAAAACAGCAGCAGCCGCCGCCGGCAAGGCCACCACCGAGGACGAACCAACGACGUCCCCCAACCGCAGGGACGGGGCAGCAGGCGCACCCGACGCCAACACCACGACCGCGCGCACGCCGUGCAGCGGGCAUCCGAAAGGCGUCCGUCACCAACGGCCCGAAGCUCGGCGGCUGGAGGUGCCCGGCCUGCGGCGCCCAGCUCUACCGGCAGCAGGAGGAAUGCAGCCUCUGCCAGACUCCGAGGCCGGUCGCCGGGGCCGCCGGCGACGACGGCGGCUAUGUGAAACGGCCGGGGGGGAAGAGGCACACCCGUGCCGACGUGCGCUCGCGGGAGUUCACCAACAAGAUCCGGGGCAUGCCCGCGGGCGACUGGCGUGGGGUGGUGCGAGAGCUCGAGGAGGAGGAGCGGUUGGAGGAGGCGGACUCGCAACUGCAGCAGCGACAAGGAGGAGGAGGAGGAGGAGGAGGCGACGACGAGGCCGCCAAGUCUCUUGGGGCGCCUUCGGUCCAUGGCUACCACGCGGUGAUGCAGCGUCUGGAAGAGUGCGGCCGCUGGCGCGAAGCCGCCGCCGUCCUCCGGCGCAUGCACCGUAAGCUCGGGCCCAGGGCCGGGGACGUGCCGACCCUCUCCGCGGCCUGCCUGCACAAGGCCAUGAGCGCGUGCUUCGCCGCCGAGCAGUGGGGGACGUGCUCCGAUUUGCUUGAGGAGGCCAGGGGCUGGGCCACCGAAGCCUCCUACCGAAGCUUCAAGCUGGCGAUCGAAGCGUGCGUGCGGGGCGGCCGGUGGGAGCGGGGGCUGUCCGUCCUCAUGGAGAGGACAUCGGAGAAGACGGACAGAAAGUGGGAGGUCCUCCCGUUCAACCGGGUCAUGCAGGCCUGUGUCGACGCGGGCCGAUGGCAAGAGGCGGUGGCGUUGCUGGACCACAUGAAGGACGAGGUGGGCGCGGAGCCCGACCUCGUGACCUACGGCAUCGCGAUCAACGCGUACGGCAACGCGGGGGAGUGGCGAAGGGCCCUGGGUGUGCUGAAGGAGAGCCUGCCGGAGAUGAGAACGGGCGGGGGGGCGUCUUGCGAGAACGCUUGCCUGUGCUUCGCCUACGCGAUCAGGGCUUGCAAGCACGCCGGGGAGUUCGACGAAGCUCUCGGCGUUCUCGACAGGGAUGUGCCCGCGACCGGCGUCGUUCCCAACGCGCUCGUCUUGCACGAGGCCCUCACCGCGUGCGGGGUCGGCGGCCGGUGGCAGCAAGCCCUCGAGCUGCUGCCGCGCGCGCUGGCGGUUGCCGACGGCAAGCCUUCUUCCUGCCUCAGGAGCUACACCGCGGCCAUCAAGGCCUGCGGCAGGGCCGGCCAGUGGGAGGACGCUCUGGCGCUCUUCCGAAGGGGGCAGCGGGACGGGCUACAGCCCGACGAGGUCUGCUACGCGGAGGUCAUGUCCGCGUGCGCCGGCGGCGGCUGCGCGGACGAAACACUGGGCCUGCUGAGGGAAAUGCCGGCCGCGGCGGGGCUGAGGCCGACGGUCCCCUGCUACAACGCGGCGAUCGUCGCCUGCGGCGCCGGCGGGGACUGGCGGCGCUCCGUCGAGCUGCUGGAGGAGAUGCCGACGGUCGGACUUGCUCCCGGGGUGUCCACCUGCAACAUGGCGAUCAACGCUCUCCGACGGGGGGGCCAGUGCCAGAGGAUCCUGGACCUGCUGGAGCGGAUGUCGACGGCGCCGGGCCUGCCGGCGCCUGACGCCACGAGCUACAACACCGCCAUCACCGCCUGCGAGAGCGCCGGCCGGUUCGAGGAGGCCGUGGGGCUCUUCCGGGCGAUGGAGCGAAUCGGCGUCGCCCCCGACGUGGUCGGGUACACGGCCACCAUCCAGGCCCUCGGCCGCUGCGGGCGCUGGGAGGAGGCCCUGGCGCUCCUGGGAGAAGUGCGCUCCCGGGCGACCGCCGCCGAGCCGAACGUCCGGACGUACGUCGCGGCCGUCCAUGCCGCCGGGCACGCUGGGCAGUGGGAGCGCGCCGUCUCGGUCUUCAGGCUGAUGCUCGCGGACAGCCUCGUUCCGACGGACCGGGCGUGGAGCGCGGUGAUCUCGGCCUGCGAGGCCGCGGCGGGGGUCCCCGGGCGGGGGGACGAUGAGCGAGUGCGAGCGGUGAUGGCGUUGCUGGUGAGAGCGAGAGAAGAAACGGGUGUGGACCGACCUGACGACGGGGGGGGACACACACCGGACUCCGAGCGGAAGGAAUAAGGGGAGAGAGAUUUGGGGCACCGGCAUCCGGCAGUAAAGGGCUUUGGUGUGCGGACACAAAGUGAGGAAUCACGAGGCCGUCCGUUUUUGCAAGGGUUUCCACGAGCGAGAGGAUGGCCUGCCAGCAUGGGCGGGAGGGCAGGCAGGGCGCGACGGGGCGGGGAGAGUUGUAGAGGCGGAGCUUGUAGUGCGUGCAUUCAUCGCCGUUCUUUCCUUCGUCUGACGUCGUAGAUCGUGUGUAAAAUGGAACAAUAGAGCGCGAGACGGUUGUGGUCCUGCUGUACAGUAACCUUAGUGAGGUUCAUGAAAUCCAUGCUCAUGCCCCGGCCUUGUAGACAUGUCGCCAAGGAAUAGAGUGGAAGGUCCAAGCCGAGACGGAGCGAAUGUCUCGGGUAGUCGUUGGUCGUGCGGCGGGGGGGGGAGGGGGGGGCAACGGCGGCAGGUACAACCCAGCUCGGCGCAUUCCAUCACCUCUUGGGUUGAACAUGUUUUCCCCCGGGUAUUGUAUGAUGGCAUGAUACGAGUUGUUGUCUAGGAUAAGCGCGCGUUGGUUGCUUUUUUCGUGAAACGGGUUUGUUUGACGGCCUCUGGCGCUUUCAAACUGAGGGUAAAUUGAUUGUGCCUGUAUUGUUGCCGCCGUACACGUGUUUCGAUCGUUGAGAGCAGGAGGGGGGAGGCAGGGAGUGCGCGCGCAGGGGGGGGUGCCGUGGUUGAGAAUUGGCGUGUAGAAACGGUGUACGAUGGGUUUAAUGGUGGCGUUCUUUGUUGUUGCCUUCUUGUUCUCCGGGAUCGGUGUCUCGCAUUUGUUCACUGUAUUAGCCAAGUCAACUUUCCUCCUCGCGGUGCUUUUAAUGGCGUCUGGCUCUCCUUUGUUUACUGUUGGGGUGUAGUUGCGAUCGCGAUUAUUCUUGUCCCUGGAGUUUGGCGGGGCAGGGGGGAGGUGUUGUCCGACGGUCGAUCAAGAGGGAACGGUCGACCAAAAGGACCUGAUAGAAUGAAUGUUUUCGACGCUUUCCCGCGGUUUGUGAUGUGUUUGCGCACACGGCAUGCGUACGAUAGAUCGGGACCGCGUCUCUUUGUGCCUCCAAGAGAGAACCUCGAAGGGAUGGGAGACAAGAAUGAGAUUUUCCUAGGUGUUGCCCGUUACACACAGCUGCAGCAAUGUCUGAUCGGAAGGCUUGCUGACCUUUUCCAUGAAAUUGUGGUGCUGGCUGGAGUCCUAGGAUAAACCCGACCUGCUGUAUCCUUGUUAAUAUUGAGAGCAAAUGCGGGGUCCUAAAGCCUUAGACUAGUGCUAGAUGGCGGGGCCAUUGUUUACAACGCACACCCAACAAAACGCCUGGAUCGGGCGUGUUGCAUACGCAGAAAUUGUGCUUGCUUUUCCAGGGCCAGAAGACAUCAUGCAGCCGAUCGUUUCAUGGCGUCAUGAUUUUGAGACUUGGAUUCUUCUUGAUUUGGUAUAUCCACGGCUCAAAAGCAAGAGUAACACCUCUACUCGCAACGAAGAGUGCUCGGGAGGACCUAAAAUGCCCCCCCCCUCGCUACUCCAAUUAUGCCACGGUGCCUCUGCCAAAAUUGUGCCGGCACCAAGCUAGUUGGAUCUUAUAUCCCAAGAAGAACAGCUUUGUUCAUGCUCUCUCCGUACGCAAUACGCGAUGCAACACCCAAAAUCAAGGUACAGUAUUCCAAGUGCUCUUUCUUUCUCUGCGUGGUACGCUCUUGCCUCUCAUCCUCCAACCCCCCCGGCCCUUCUCCCCCCUCUUUCUGCCCUCCUCCAAACGCACCCCUCUCUCCCAGAAAAAAGAGCAAAUCGAAAUCGAAGGAACGGCUAAUCAGCAGCAGUAAUAUGGCGUCUUACUCUGCCUUCCAAAAAGCACUCUGUACACUAAAUAUAUACGUGAUCGCGUUCGCCACGAGCGAAACUGAACAAAAACAAAAAAAAGAAACACCAGUUGCCAUCAUCCCGAGUCGAGGCAUCAUUCAAAGUCAGUAACGACCCACGCUACAUCGUUCACCACGUCCCGUCUAGCCGUAGCAUACAUCUCCCCGCCGCAGUCAACGAGAUCUUGAGCGGAUCUCUUCCACCCUUGUCACCAAACCGGUAGAGCUUGCUUCAGUAUCCUGUUUGCUUCGACUACAGCUCGGCGAAGCACGGCGCAUCCACCGGAAGCCAAAAAAACACCGGAAUUUUCCGAAGAAUGCCCCGAGAAGAAGAAGGAGCUUCUUUUCGAAGGGGGCUAACCCGCGCGGCAUCUAUCUCUAACUGCAAUACAGCCUCAACAGUACAGCCCCCACAAACGGCCAAAGCGCCGGCGGCAGCAGCACCACGACCACAGCACUGGCAGCGGUGGGCGAAAAUAAACGACAGAGGCCAUCGACCGCAGCAAACAAGUAAUUCCUGUUUGCCUCGCACUCAGCUGCGUUCUUGCAAAAAUGAUAUAUCCCAUCUACAGAGGGCACUUCUAGAUAAGAAGUGGGGACCCGCCGUAUUCCAUCGCUGUUAUUGGUCAAACUCGCGCCCGUCACGUCCGUUCCAACCGCACGAAUCGACGCAGUACGAUCGAGGUAGUGUGAAAGACAAUACCAUCUGUCCAAACAAUACCAAUUUUUCUAUACAACUAUCAAGCAAAGGGAAGACCCCCCCCUAGAAACAAAGCGCUUGGGCUGAUCCCCUUUGCCCCGCCGCCGCAAAAAAACAAAAUGACGCAAAACACAGACAAUACGCCUCGCCUCUGCCCGAGGAGAAAAGUCGAUGAUCCUUCCGUGGACGGAGUCGACGCUGUACCAACCUCUCUCUCUUGAGACGAGGCUUGGCUCGCCCCUGCAGCCUCUACGUCUCAAGUCUAAAAGAAGCGGGUUUAGUCGUCUUCCCGGCUGCCAAGCUCAAAAUAAAGCGAUCGCGCUUCCUUCCGUCUCCGCAACGAGCCAACCAAUGCAGGCAGCCUGCGGCCGUUUUACAGCUCCUG